GCAACAACUUAUCUCGCUUCUCUCACACCCAUCUUGGCCCAACUCAGAGCCUUGGGCAGAAGGGUUGCGGAGGACAAUAAGAGAUCCAAAGGCAAGGUGGCCGAGAGGAGAGCAGAGGUGGACGAAUCUAGGUUGAGAUUGCAAAACUUGGAGUAUGAGAGGAGCCAAUUGGAGGGAGAGAUUAGGAGGUGUAAAGAGUUUGUAUCCGUCUUUCAGGAUAUUGAGCUCAGAGAUUUGUCAGAAUUUCAAGCUGUGGCGCCCGAAGAGCUCCGGACGGAGCAGAUCUUGUCAGACCCGCACAGCUUGAUGCUGGCGAGAUUGGAGUAUGAGCUGAUCGAAAGGCAACAGUGA